ACUAAUGUUUACAUAAACCCUAGAAGAAAGGGAUCUAAGGUUUAGAAUUUCUCUGUACUGAGCUGAGCUGAGCUUCCAGUUUGCUUCAAUGGGGACUAAGAGAAAAUCAUCAUCUUCAACCUCAAGGCCCCAACCUGAAGAACCAAAACCUGAAAUUCAACCUCAAUCUUCAUCUGAAGAAGAAGAAGAAUUGGAAGAAGUAGAGUAUGAAGAAGAUCCCGAAGAAUCCGAAUCCGAUCUAGAUUUCGGUUCCGACGGAGAAGAUGAGGAGACUAAGCGAUAUACUAUUAGAAAACUUCUUGAACCAUUCAGUAAAGAUCAAAUAAUCCAGCAAUUCAGAACCGCAGCUUCAAAGGAUCCAUCAAUUCUUUCUCGGCUCACAUCUUUUGCCGAUUCCGACCCGACCCACCGGAAAAUCUUCGUUCAUGGACUGGGGUAUGAUGCAACUUCAGAACAAUUGCUCGACGCCUUUAAACCCUAUGGAAAAAUCGAGGAGUGUAAGCUGAUUACUGAUAAGGUUACAGGAAGAGCUAAAGGGUACGGGUUUGUGGUAUUCGAAACACGGGUCGGGGCAGCAAGGGCUUUAAAGGAGCCCCAGAAGAAAAUUGGGAAUCGUACUACUUCUUGUCAGCUGGCUGCUUUGCGACCUGGGACUGGUCAAGAUUCCGGUGGCCGGAAAAUUUAUGUUGGGAAUGUCGGGCAGGAUGUGGAUGGUGAAAAGUUACGAGCUUUUUUCGCGAAAUUUGGUGAAAUUGAGGAAGGGCCAUCAGGGAUUGAUAGUGUCAGUGGGAAGUUUAAGGGGUUUGCUAUAUUUGUGUAUAAGUCUGUUGAAGGGGCUAAUAAGGCGUUGGAGGAACCGCAGAAAUUGUUUGAUGGGUGUCAAUUGUUUUGCAAGAAAUUUGUGGAGAAUUUGAACAAUGCUGGUAGUAGUAAUGCAAAUCAAGGUGUGCAGCAGAAUGAAAUGAGUUAUGGUUUUGGCGUGACUCCCGGGAUAUUGAGUGGCGCGAGUAUGAAUGCUCUGCCUCUUUUGAUAGGGCAAAACAUGGGGUUUGGAAUCAACCCGUUGCUUGCACCAGGAUUUAAUCCGUUGUUUGGAGGGAUUGGUGCCGGUUAUGGUAUGAAUGGCAUUAGUCCGAUUGUCAUAGCUAGUUUUGGUUCAGACCCAGCAUUGCAGGGAUUAGGGCCUUAUCAGGGUCUACAAAUGUGGCAGCCUUCUUUUGGAGGGUCAGCAGCAAUGGCAACAAGAACUACACCUGCAGAUGAUUCAUCCGGGGCAGGAGGGGUGACCUAUCCCUCGUCUCUGGGCCGCUAGGCUUUACCACAUCUGUUUCUUAUUCGCAAUCCUCGUGUUCAUCUGAUCAUCUAUGAAACUCUUCUCCUGCAACAGAUGACAGAGCGGCUCUGGGCUAUGUGUGAGAAUGGAUGAAGUUAGCAUUCUGAUGUGCAGCGUCCAACACAUUGAGAAGAUGUCUGGAAUUAGAGUAUAUCUGUAAAAAGCUCGAACCAGAAGUACAUCCGCGUCUACAUUUCCUUCUUGCAACAACUAGUGUCGCAUAUCCUACCUAAAAUGCUCAUAUGUAAGCCGUUUUAGUAUUUCGCAUUUGGAUUGAAUAUGAUAAGAUACAUCUUAAAAUUGUUACAUACAGAAUUAUUACAUCCUUUUGUCAUUGCAAAGUAGGCUGAACUUUUCUGCUA